GAGCCGACAUCGAAGAAAACCUACUUCGUUUCAUCAAACUUAUUUUCCCAAAAAGUGUUUCAAAUUUAAAAUUAACAAAGUAAAAAGGAGUAAAGAAUAAAAUGAGAUUCUUGGAAUAAAAUAAUUCAAAAGUGAUGACUGAAAUAAUGGCUCCAAUAUCGAAUAUGUCUUCAACCGAAGACGAUGACGUCGCUUUUAAAGUUUUAAAUAAUGAUAAUCUUCCAAUGGCUGUAAUCGGUGAAUCGAUUCGAUGUCCAUUUGGAAACGACAUUCAAAAAACUAACAAACCAAACGUUGUUGUAUAUCCAACAAGAAGAAUCGUUGAUAAUCUUGACGCAAACAAACAGAAACCGUUCCCUAAACCAAAUGGGAUUAAUCAACGCGAUAAUAAAUCACCAUCAAAUCAAUUAAAAAAUUACGGAAAUUUCAUUCAUUGUAACAGCGCUAAGGAGAAAGUCAAAGAAAAAGUGAUUAACCACCAAAUUGAUAAUGCUUUUACAAAAACUUUGGAUGCAAAAUUAAAAAGAUUACAAAAAGAAGAAAAUAAAACGAGAGUUAAAAGGAGCACUCCAUCGAUUACUAAUGAGUUACAAAAUCGUCCUUUAUUUGUUACGACGGUAAAAAAAGGACAAUUUUUAGAACCCCCACCGGAAAUCGCUUCAUUAUUAGGGAUAAAAGUGCAAGAAGAGAAAAAAGAUAAAAAGAAAUUGUAUGAGUACGCGAGUAAACCGAGAGUUUUUUUAGCAAAACCAACCCCAACAGUUAAAAUUGGACAUAAAGCUCGUUGCGAAGCUGCUGCAAAAGCUGCAGCUUUAGUUGUAGCAGUCGCUGGCAUUCGAUCGAAAAAUUUCGUUGAUGGAAAAGAUUUUAAUGCUAAUAUUACUAAAAAAAUUGGCGAUGCACCUCCUCCGUACGCCAACCUCAUGUUUGAGAGAAGAGUUGUUCGAGGAAGUAAUUUUUCUCAAGGUCCCAUGCAAACGGGUGAAGGUGAAUCGGCAGCUGCACGAGCGGCAGAGGCACGAAGACGAGCGAUGGCACGUAGAAAAAGUCAAAAAGAACAAUUACGUACAGCUCAACUUCGUUUAUCUUCACCACCUCCGGUUAAAGGUCGAAGACAUGAAACUGUCGAAACUGAUCUUUACUUAGAAGAAUUAGCAAACGAUCCUCCACAAGAAGACGUCUGCACGCAAACUGACCUCUUCCUCGACAGGCCGCUGUCUCCCUUUUAUGUUCCAGCUAAAACUGGAGCCGAUGUUUCCACUCAAAUCUAUCCAGGAGAUCUGUUUGACUUUGAUAUGGAAGUCCAACCGAUCUUGGAAGUUUUGGUUGGAAAGACCAUCGAACAAGCUUUAAUAGAAGUGUUGGAAGAGGAAGAAUUAGCGGCUUUAAAAGAACAACAAAGGAGAUUCAUGGAACUUCGUGCAACUCAAUUGGCCGAAAUGAUGAGGUUAGAAGAAAGGGAAAAGAGAUGGCAAGCAGAAAGAGAUGCCAGGUUAGCCGAGUACAAGGAAGGGUUAUCAGUACAAAAAGAAAUGGAAGAAAGAAUCGCUGCCAGUGUACUUCUUCAAGGAUACAUGGCUGAUUUGUUACCUAACGUAUUGGAAGGGCUAGAAGAAGACGGUUUCUUAACAGAUAAUAUUAAACAAGAUUUAGAUGAAACUUUUAUGCCUUGGUUGAUGAAAGAAGUUUCCGAAGAAUUACACGAGAUCGUUUCCAGCAGAGAUUUCUUAAGCGAUAUUGUAAGAGAAAUCUUGGAAGCACGAGCAGAAAUCUACCGACUAUUAAAUGCACCGCCGAAACCUAUAGCAUUCGAACCCGGUGAAGAAGAAGGUACUGUUGAUGUUGAUGUUUCUCUUAUGGAACACUUGAAACUUAAGUCGGAAAUUGCGGAAAGACAACGUGCGGAACAAGAAGAAAUGGCAGAAAAUAAAUAAAGAAGGUGGAAAGACAAAAAGGGAAUUUAAUAGUUUUGGAAAGAACAUUUGAAAAAAAUUUUAUCAUAUUCUAUAUUUUUACCAGGAGUCCUACAACAAGAAAAUAGAAGCACCACACCUUGUGUAUUGUAUAUAUUUAAAAUGUUAUACAAAAAUAAUAAAGAAAUAAUUUAUUAAU